UAACCAGGCCUGGGUGACGUUGGUGAAGAGCAAUUUCUUAUAACCGCUGAAAUGCAGCAGGAUUUUGCAGACAGGAACUUCACAGGAGAGAAGACAGGUUAGGGCAUUUAAGGUGGAAGGGAUGGUGGUAAAUAAGCAUGCUGUGGUCAGGGGUUAGACAUGGAGGUGGAGGCAGGAUGUCCAGGGAGGGGUACAUGCUGGGUGGGGGCUUUCUUGCCUAUGGUUUGGGCUCAUCUUUUUGGACUUUUAUCUGUAUGUAUUACAUAGACUCCUCUUAAAAUAUCUAGCACCAACCUUGUGCAGAGAGUAGUAGAUCAGACUGUGGAGCCUGGAAGCAGGAGACGAUAUUCUCUCAACCUGGAGAUACCUCUAUCUCUUUCAGACCAGAAGCAGCAUUGUCUGUUCUUUGCUUUCUAGAUUUCACAAGGAGCAAGAGAAGAAUCAAUGUUGGGGAACUACUCCAGUACCACUGAAUUUUAUCUCCUUGGCUUCCCUGGCUCCCAAGAACUACACCAUGUCCUUUUUGCCACCUUCUUGUUCCUCUACUCAGUGGCAUUAAUGGGAAACUCGGUCAUCAUCAUGAUUGUCUGUGUGGAUAAGCGUCUGCAGUCCCCCAUGUACUUCUUCCUCAGCCAUCUCGCUGUCCUGGAGAUCCUGACCACAUCCAUUGUUGUUCCCGUGAUGCUCUGGGGGCUUCUGCUCCCUGGGAUGCAGACAAUAUCCCUGACUGCCUGUGUUGCUCAGCUCUUCUUAUACCUUGCUUUGGGGACCACAGAGUUUUCGUUAAUGGGAGUGAUGGCUGUGGACCGUUAUGUAGCUGUCUGUAACCCUUUGAGGUACAACAUCAUCAUGAACAGCUGCACCUGCACCUGGGUAGUGAUUGUGUCAUGGGUGUUUGGGUUCCUUCUUCAGAUCUGGCCCGUCUAUCCUACAUUUCAGUUUACCUUCUGCAAACCCAACAUGGUGAACAAUUUUUUCUGUGACAGAGGACAAUUGCUCAAACUAUCUUGUGAUGACACUCUGUUCACAGAGUUCAUCUUCUUCUUAAUGGCUGUUUUCAUUAUUGUUGGCUCUUUGAUCCCUACAAUUAUCUCCUACACCUAUAUCAUCUCCACCAUCCUCAAGAUUCCUUUAGCCUCUGGCAGGAGGAAAGCCUUCUCCACUUGUGCCUCACACUUCACUUUUGUUGUCAUUGGCUAUGGCACCUGCUUCUUCCUCUAUGUGAAGCCCAAGCAAACACAGGCGUCUGAGUACAACAGGGUUGUUUCCCUGAUGGUUGCCGUAGUAACUCCUUUCUUCAACCCUUUCAUCUUCACCUUCCGGAAUGACAAAGUUGUAGAAGUCCUGCGGGAUGGGGUGAAACACUGCUGCCACCUAUUCAGGAACCAGCCCUGCCCUAGGGCAGCUUUAUGAAU